AUGCAAAUUCCAAAAACAGUGAGGAACCGGAUGAAGCCAGGAGCCUGGAAUUCAGUCCAGGCCACUCAUAUGAUUGGCAAAAACCCAAAUGUCCGUGGCUGUGGUCCCUAUGGACAAUCCCAGCCAAGCUGUUUUAAUCAUGUGAAGAUGGGCUUUGUGAUGGGCUGCGCCCUAGGCAUGGCAGCUGGGGUACUUUUUGGCACCUUUUCCUGUCUCAGGAUUGGAAUGUGGGGUCUUAAACUGAUGGGCAGGAUUUGGAAAACCAUGAUGCAGAGUGGUGGCACAUUUGGCACAUUCAUGGCCAUUGGAAUGGGGGUCAAUUGCUAA